AUGUCAGCCAUGUCGCGGUGCGUGGUACUGCGCUACCACGCUGCCAACAUCAAAGCCAAGCUGUGUAACAUCCCGGCCAAGGAGACGCCGAUCGUCAUGCUGAGCGAGAUCACCGAGCUGGAGAUGCGCACCCUGAUCGAGUUCAUGUACUGCGGCGAGGCCACCAUUGACCAAGCGCAGCUGGAGGCCCUGCUGAAGGCGGCUGAACGGCUCCAGAUCAAAGGUCUGGUGAAGUCGGACGGCGACGAGGACUCCGAGGACGGCGAGGACAAGGAAGACGAGCCGCCGGAGGAGGAGGAGGCGGCGUUGCUGGCCGAGUUCGGCCGGGAGGCAUCACCGGAGCGUCAUGACGCGUCGCCGCGUGCCUCCCUGGCGCCGCCUCAUGUCUCGAUGGCGUCGCCACACGUCUCGAUGGCGUCGCCACACGCCUCGCUGGUCCUGUCGGGCGCUGGCCGGCCGCCGCCGCCUCUGCUGCCCUACCAGAACGGCCACUUCUUCCUGCCUGGCAUCGCCGACCCGCCCGGCUUCGGCACGUCGAAGCGCAACACGCCCGACUCGCCGCACGUGCUGGCGGCGCUGCAGCAGAUUUCGGCCGGCCUGAUUACCGUGGCGGAGGCGUCCAUCCAGUACGACAUCCCCAUUCCGACGCUGUACGUCAACAUGCGGCGCCAGGGUGUCAAGGCGCGCGGACGCGUCGGCAUGGCAGGGAAGCGGAAGCCCCGCGGUGUGAUGAGCGCCGAGAUGCGGGACGCCCUGGAGGAGAUCCGCUCCGGCACCAUCACCGCGUCAAAGGCGUCCCGCAAAUACAACAUUACUCUGCCGCGGCUGGUGUCGUGGAUGCGCAAAACCGGCGUCAAGAGCGCCUACGCCAAGGGCCCUAUGCAAGCACCCGAGCCGCGCCUGGCAUAG